GAUAGCACACUUCUGAGGAACCUGCAUAAUUACAUAAAUACUGAAUCGUGCCAUAUGGUGGUAUUCCAUAUAUGUUCGUUCGCUUUGUAAAAAGUGCAAAAAUAACCAAGGUCCAUUAUUUCCCUAUUGUCCAGAAACAGACUAGCGCGGUUCCAACAAAAUCCACGACGGAUUCGGCAAAAAUGGACGUCACGAAAUGGUGGAUGGUUACUGUGCUAAUUUUUCCUGCAUUAUUCCUUAUCCAAGUGAAGGCAGGGGCUGCAGCCACUCUACCACACAACAGCUGCCGUUCCUCUAGCACUCCAAGCGAAGGUUGGCUGAUGUGUACUGCUGGAAAUUACAGCAUCCCAGACAAUUUCGACGUUCAGAAGGUGCCACUGACAAUUAACUCCAUGGAUCUGGGAGGCGGUAGAGACAAUACAACAAUUGUGCCGAAUAACAUUAUUCAGGAUUAUGCUGAGCCGUUGCCGGCGAAUUUAACCAGCCUAAUCCGAUUAAACAUAUACAACUUUGCCGGCGCCAACGGGACCCGCCUGCCGGUGGAAAAGUUUUUGGCCAAUGUCAGGGUUACGCUGUUAGAAUUAGAGAUGUCAUACUGCCGUAUUGGGACCCUCAGUGCUGAUUUCCUUAAAGGAUUCGAGAAUUUGCGGUUGCUCACAAUAUUCCAAAACGAUAUUAGUUCUAUCGACCUGACCGCUUUCGAAACUGCAUCCACUCCAGUUCUUGAGGAGAUUGAUCUUAUGAGGAAUAAAAUCGCAGAUUUGGACUGGACGGUGUUUAAACCAGUUGCCGAAACUCUGCGAAAACUAGACUUGAGCGAGCAGUUUCGGGAUAUCGAUGCCGGUUGGGUGUUCGAGCAUAAUGCAUCAGUGGGAAUGCAGAGAAUAACCUUGAGCCAACGUUUCACGUUCGCUCGCUUGACGACCCUAGAUAUGCGAAGGAAUGCUCUCAACUUCCUGUCACGUGACGUGCUCGAUACGUUGAACCCCAGCAGAGACGCGCGAUUCUCGUUGGACAACAACGCUUUCUGCCCCGUUGACCCGACGAAAUCAUGCUCCUGCUGCGAAGCCCGGGACUUUGUACAGUGGAUGUAUGAAGUGGGCACCAGACCACAGGACGAGCGUCCCGUGCAGAUUAGUUUUACGUGUGUCGGAGGUUUUCAUGUGUGGCAAGUAUGGGGCGGCAUUCCAUCGUUGCCGCAGUUGGGCCAGUACGAAUGCUGCUCUAAUACUACAGUGGAGAACUGUAUCCAGACAGACCCGCCAAGUCCCGGAGGUGGCGUUCAAAGAAACUAUAUCUCAGCCUGCUGGGUGGUACUGAUUUUUGUUCUUUCUGGUUAUUGGACCAUAAUUACAGCGUAAAUGUGCAAUUAGCAGCUUACUUUCGCAAAAAAAUGAUGAUCGGCACGUUUUAGAGAGCGAUUAUGCAAACAAUUAUAUUUUACCGAG